GCUACCAUUAAAGGAAUAGUACCCUCAAGGCACUGAGAUUUGUUCACACUUUCUUUUUGCCACACUUUGGAGGCUGAGGGCAUCAGAGAAAAGAGCAACCACCGAGUUUAGGUCCUAUGCACAUGGGACUUCUCAAUAAAUGAAUCAGGAUCCAACUAAAGUUUACAGGUAUUGGCAAAAUUGGAAUCAAUCACAACAUAAAGACAAGAAGACUUAAUAGCUUCAGGAUGUCAAAAGUCAUCCCAAAUCAUGUGGUACGGGUUGGGCAGACAGUGUGCAUUUCACCCAAAGAAGAACAUGCCUGUUUGCAGCACCCAAAUGAUGGUUUGUCCUGUCACACAUUGCCAAUGCAGUGUUUUUAUUAUACAGUGGAAGGCUGGGACAGGAAGAACUUGUUGGCUCAAACCCAAGGAUGUUCACCACCUAAUAAAUCUGUUAAAUCUACUGCAAUAGUCACACCUGUGCCUUCUCAACAUCCUGAGGACAAACAUCAACAGGAAAAAUCAACAGAGCCAAAUGAAGACAGCUAUCCAGCCUCUCCUACUUUGGAUAUAUCUAUUGAGAACUUGAAUCGCUUGAUCUUGGAAAUUGACCCAACUUUCAAGCCUCUGCAACAGCUGACUCAGGCAGACAGUCCCCUCCAAGCUGUUCCACAAAGCAACACCAGUGUGGUGGCAAAGCAUGAACAUGAUACAUCAGACAUAAAAUAUAUUGAAAUGUCACCAAGCAAAACCAAGUAUCAAGAGUCUUGGCAGAGCUCAAGAAGUCCUUCCAGCACUCCAUUUUCUGUGUCUUCCCCAAACCGGGGUCAUUUAUUUCCACGUGGAGGCAACCUUGGCUAUAACUGCGAUGCCGUUGGUAAUAUUUCUGGCAGUGCACAGCAUUUCUCCCCUACAGGAAGGCAGUCACCAACUUGCAUCCAAGUAUCAGAGAGUAUCUCCAUUCCACAACGAGAUCAGAAGAACUUUGCAUCCUAUGGUUCAAAUUCUUCCCUAGCUUCCUCUCCGGGCAUCCUGCAGCUCAGGAGGAUGGCACAACGAUGCAGUGAGGCAUCAAUGCUUUCAACAAGUCCUGGGUCAGACACCAGUUACAUUUUUGGAAGCAGCAGCAGCCAGUCAUUGUCCAACCAUGAAUCUGACACACCUCUAACUAGGUCAAUAGGAAGUCCCUCCUCUGUUGAAUCCCUGACAGGGAGUUAUGUUACAUCCAACAGCCCUGGUUCUUCCUACCCCAGAGCCACAUGCUCCCAGAAACAGAAUUCUCCUCUAACUCAGCCAUACCAGAAAGGACAAACCCAUACCUACACCCACUCUCUUUCAUCUGUUACAAACUCCCCACUCCCAAUCCCUAUAGUGCUCAUCAAUGGUCUCCCAGAAGAGAGUGUGACAGCUACUCAACUUUCCAGGGGCUGCUCCAGUUCCUUCAAAGAUAAGAUGCCUAAGACCAAUUCCAGCAGUUUUUCAGGAGUUAAUGGUUUAAACAAUUCCUAUUCUGACAACUCAGGUUCCUCCACUUCAUCUCUGGAUGGGUAUUCCAAAGAAGCCCAGACAACUAUGAAGUUUGUGAUGGAUACCUCUAAAUAUUGGUUCAAACCCAGCAUCACAAGAGACCAAGCUAUCCAACUGCUAAUGGACGAGCCACCGGGUACAUUUAUUAUGAGGGACAGCACAUCUUAUCCUGGCUCAUUUGGCUUAGCCCUGAAAGUCUUCAGCAACAAAGCAGGUACUCAGAAUUCCUGCUUCGAACUGCAAAAAGGAGAAGAUGCUGGUAACCACAUUAGACACUUCCUCAUUGAGUCUUCUCCCAAAGGAGUGCAUCUUAAGGGCACGGAAGAAGAACCCUAUUUUGGGAGUCUCUCAGCAUUUGUAUAUCAACACACCAUUAUGCCAUUAGCACUACCCUGCAAACUGAUUAUUCCUAGCCAAGCUUUUCUCAGUGAUGAAAAUCCAGUCCUUGGUUCAGAAGCUGCUCUUCCUUUGUCCCAGAAAACUGCUGUAUGUAAUCUCCUGUAUCUGCACUCGGUGACUAUGGAAACUCUCACUGGCAAAGCUGCAGUUCAGAAAGCUGUAUCUUCCACUUUUGAACAAGAGAUACUGCCUACGCCCACCAUUGUCCACUUCAAAGUUACUGCACUAGGAAUAACUUUGACUGACAUCCAGAGAAAGAUCUUUUUCAGACGGCACUAUCCAUUGGCUACCAUCAGUUUUUGUGACAUGGAUCCUGAAAAUCGAAAGUGGCAAAAGUUUUCUAAAACUUCAAGGAUCUUUGGUGUUGUUUCCAAGAGCCCAGCUGAUUCUGAGAAUAUUUGCCACCUCUUUGCAGAAUAUGAUGCCGUGCAUCCCGCUUCUCACGUAGUUGACUUUAUCCAGAAACUUCUCCUUGAUGUCUAAGGCUGCCACAGUACUGAAAUGUCUGUUUCUAACAAAUUCUUUGCCUUGUGCAGUGUGCCAAAUGAUGUUACCUCUUCAAGCUGCUGUGUUGUGUUUUGAGGCUGCAUAUUGGUUUUCAUCAAUAGGAUACUACUUAAGAUUAUUGGUAUCAACCUUCAUAAUCUCCAGACAAAAAAUAAUAAUCACUGGCUGGGGAGUGAUCGAUCUGAAACAAUAUCUGUUAAUAUCUGUUCCCUCUGUUACAAUAGAAUAGUUGCAAUGAGAAAUAAGAGGAUUUUAUGGGAAUAGUUUAACAGAGAACCAGAACAUGCUCUGUCCUAUCUGCAGAUAGACUAGCAUUGUAUUUCCUGACCUUCUGUUUUCUCAGAAACCUAUCUGUCUUAUUGGAAAAGAUAUUUUUUACAAUUGAUGUUGCUUUUUUUUGUAACAACUCAAAUACUGGGAAUAAGAGUGCUGAUAGUGAUGUAAUAGAUUAUUGACACCGUUUCAAUGCCUUUUUGAUAUUAUGUUUCACUUCUUCAUUUAUUGUAAUGGCCAGUGGGGAAGUCCAAUAAACUAAAUUUGCAAGCUACUUUGCGCUGAAAUGAAAUUGAAAUGUAAUAAAACAUGCAAUUUUACCCUAAAAACAAAAAACAAAAAAAAAUCAAAAACAGGAAUCUGUCGUGGCAAUACCUGUUGUGACUUCAUCAUUAAUGAAUGAAACAACUCUUCAAGCUUGUGUUUCCCCACUUUGUAAGGAAGUUUUUUAAAAACCCAGGGUUUCAAAAUAAUUUUUGUUGUUGCUGUUGUUUUGUUGUCAGAAAGUUAUUUCCAAUAUUAUACAAAAUACUCAGCCUUUUCUUAUUGCGUCAGUCUUUCACAUAUACUCCUUUUUGCCUGGCCAUUGGCCUCAAUAAUGCAGCAGAGGACUGGGGAUGCAAUGAAAGAGCAAUUCUUAAGCAUUAAGAAAAGCAUGAAUGUAAGAGUUUAUCACUUCUUUCCAUCCUGCAUGGAACUUGCUAUAAUUGAUUUGCAUCAGGCAUAGGCACUCUGUACCAUGAAAGCUGAUGGACAGAGAAUGAAAAGACAGGCAGUUUGAGCUGCAAAUGUGACACAUAUAGGUGCAAAUCCUCCUUGAUUAUACUGUAAAUUCAGGAGACAUGAGAAGACUAGUUCAGUGCCUUGACUCUGAGAGGUUCAGGAACUGAAUGCUGCUUUAAGUCUACCUCUCUCCCUGAGAUAACCUUUUUCAUUACAUCCUAUGGCAUUUUGAAAAUAAUUAAUAUAAUUAUAUUUCUUGGUUUCCCUUGAUCACUUUAACUGCUGAACCAUACUUUGAAUGGCGUAUACUUCAUUGCUUCCACCCAUGACUGUCAAAUCAAUGGCAUUUUCUCAGGUACACCAAAUUGUUCUCCCUCCAUACUGUUAGACAGUCUUUCCACCUGCCCAACAGACCUGAUUUCAGCUUGUGUCCUUGAAAAGGAAGCUGGAGUAGGAUAAGAGGAAAUGGAGAGGGAGGGUCUCAGAAUGAGAACAGAUAAGUCAAUUAUUUUCACUGUAGAGAGAUAAUCACCUAAAUACCAUUGCACUGAUUUCAUUUAUGUUGAAUUAUUUCCCCAUGCAAGAAAACAUAAUAUUAAAAACAACAUUUCUGGGGCUUGGAGCACUUUUUAACUCUUAAGCUAACACACUGUGUAUGAAUUACUUAAAUAAAGAGCUGACUAGACUUAGUUCUAUUGCAUAGCUUCAUAAAGGUGCAAGAGGCCAUCCUGAUUCGUGUGGGAAUUGAAAUUAAAACAUCCCAAACAGAAAGCUGUCUAGCCUCCAAUGAAAGGAUACCUACUUCUUUUUACUGUCAAACUAUUCUUGUCCUUAAAAAGCUUUUUUCAACACUCAAUAAGACUGUGACUUCCUGUCACUGAAAUCCAGUCCUCCAUAUCCUGCUUAAAUAGGGUUUGCUCAAUAACCCACAAGCGUCACAGUUCACAAAUCACAGAAACAGCAAGCAUAAUUCAGAAACUUUUGUGACUGGGUUCUCACAGGGCAUUAAGUCAGGGGCAAGCAAUCUUUUUGAGUUGGGUGUUAUAUUUGAAAUGUGGAGACCAGAGAGGUUUGCCUCAAUGGUUGUGGCCAAUUGGCAAACUGUCGUAUGCUUUCUAUUCAGCUAAGUCAUAGUUAUCAAUCAGAAGAGAGCUGGAGGGGACCUUGGAGGUCUUCUCAUCCAAGCCUCUGCUCAAGCAGGAAGCUCUACACCAUUUCAGAUAAGGGACUGUCCAGUCUCUUCUUAAAAACCUCCAAUGAUGAAGCACCCACAACUUCUGAAGGCAAGCUCUUCUACUGGUUCAAUUGUUUUCACCGUUGGGAAGUUUUUUCUUAAUUCCAGGUUGCUUCUAUCCUUGAUUGGUUUCCAUCCAUUGUUUUUUGUCCUUCCCGCUAGUGCUUUGGAAAAUAAGUUGACCUCCUCCUCUUUGUGGCAACCUCUCAAAUACUAGAACAUAUCAUAUCCCCAUUAGUCCUUCUUUUCUUUAGGCUAGCCAAACCCAAAUCCUGCAACCGUUCUUCAUAUGUUUUUGUCUCCAGGCCUUUAAUCGUCUUAGUUGCUCUUCUUUGAACUUUUUCUAAAGUUUCAACAUCUUUUUUGUAAUGUGGUGACCAAAACUGGAUGCAGUAUUCUUGGUGUGGUCUUACUAAGGAUUCAUAAAGUGGUACUAAUACUUCAAGUGAUUUUGAUUCUAUGCCUCUGUUUAUACAACCAAGGAUUGUAUUAGCUUUUUUGGCUGCUGCCAUACACUGCCGGCUCAUAUUUAAGUGAUUGUCUACUGGGACUCCAAGGCUAAAUAAACUCAAAUGAGUUAAAUUAAAAUUGAGAAUAAACUCAAGUCCAUUCAGAAGAUCUUUCUGAUUUCAGAAGCAUGAUAACUGGGUGGUGGAGAAUGCCUUUUCCUGCUUUGUUUCCCAAUUAUAGGAUGUGCUCUUUCAUGAAUUGUGCUUGACCAUCAGCUCUGCCUUUAGAAGAUAGAUCAAUAUGCUUAUAUUUUGCUAAAUAGCAAUACCACUUAGACUUAUAUACCACUUCACAGUGCUUUACAGCCCUCUAAGUGGUUUACAGAGUCAGCCUAUUGCCCCCAACAAUCUGGGUCCUCAUUUUACCCAGCUCAAAAAGAUGGAAGGCUGAGUCGACCUUGAGCCAGUAAGAAUCAAACUGCUGAACUGUAGGCAGCAGGCAGGCAGCAGAAGUAGCCUGCAGUACUGCAUUCUAACCACUGCACCACCAUAGCUCAGAGCUUUUUAAUUACAUUGAUCUGAAAUAUGUUGCUUCAUUGAAUUAAUGAAAAUAUAUUUACAAAUGCAAGGUAAAUCUAAGGAAACCAUAUUAUGGCUUUGCAUGAGGCGUGAUGGCUUCAAUGAACUAUGUUCAGCUCAGUUUUGAUUAAUGUCUGAUCAUCUUAACUUUUUAUUCCACGACCACCAGUAUGCAAAUGCCCUCCAUGGCUGUUCCUGAAGAGUCUUUAGAGGUCUCCUUUCAUACAAAUGACGGUAGUUCUGAUGGCUCCCAGCUCAUUUAUUUUUAUGCCCAGUUCAUAUUGUUAGCAGUAACAAAAUGUCAUGGUCUACCUAGGACAAUUGGAGGAAGGAGAGCCUCUUUCCAUAUAGUAUAUCCCUGAGAUUGGUAUGGAGGGCUUCUCCUGAACACCACUGCAUGCUGAAGUACUGCAGUAGCUUCUUUAGGAGGAGAGAACUUUUCAUUGAUCAUCUUGUGCUCCUUCUUCUCAGCUUUAAAACAUGCUCUGCAAGAGAUGUCUGUUAUCCCCAUUUUGUUAUCUUUGAGGUACUAGGCAAAUUCCUUCUUUAUCCUCUAAGACUUCACAAUUCCUUUCUUCUGCUGUUGCAUAAUAUUCUUUAAGAAUCAUAUCUCCCGUGCUUGUUUUAAUCUCUGCUGAGUUUAAAUUGCUAUGUUAAUUGAUGUAUUGUUUCACUUCAUGCAUAGUAGAUGUGUUUGUGUUUCAUUAUGCAUUGUCCUUAGAGCUAUCCAGGAAUUUUAAAAAAUAAACUGAAUAAAUACAUUUUUCCCUCAACUUGAGCCCAACUUCCAGUGACUUCAUGAACACGUCAAUGUUGUUUUCUUGGCACCAAUAUGAAAGUCAUUUGUUUCUUCUGGGAAAAUAAACAAAUAUAUAAACCAAUAAAGUGUUCAGAAUGAGCUAUAA